AUCUAAAUUUAUUUGGAGUGUCUGCAUGAGUGGUGAGUUAUUCAUGGAAGUAGUCAUAAUAAGAUGCGAUUUUCAAGAUUCGUUUUUAAAUUGUACGAAAGUUACUAAUCAGCAUUUACUCAUGUACUUAAGUGUAGUCUAAAGUACAAGCACAUUUAACAUUGAGAUCAUCUUUGUCAUACUUUGUUUAUGCUUCGUUGAUAGCCUGUCAUAAUAAGCCGGGUGUUUGUGUUUUGUUUUGUGAAGGAUGUUCCAUUACAGUUACAAUGUCUGACAAAUCUGCUUCUAAUUGGUUGGUCAUUGCCGCUAUAGACUUCGGAACUACUUACAGUGGAUAUGCAUUCUCUUUUCGGGACACACCGAGAGAAUUUCACACACCUCAGAAGUGGUAUGCAGGAACUUCAAAUCUCUUAUCACAGAAAACCCCCACCUGUAUUUUACUGAAUCCGGACGAAACAUUUAAUUCCUUUGGUUACGAAGCUGAAGACAUUUUUACCACAUUGGCAUCAGAGGAAAAACAUCAUGAAUAUUUCUAUUUUUAUCAUUUUAAGAUGGAGCUAUAUUUUGAAAAGAAUUUGAGCAUAAAAACAACACUGGGAGACAUCAAUGGAAGACAGUUAAAGGCCGUUAAGAUAUUUGCUCUAUCUAUUAAGUACUUCAAGGACCACUUUAUGAUGACUCUUAACAAUCGCUUGCCUGACGCGACAGACUCGGAUGUUAAGUUUGUGCUAACCGUCCCUGCUAUUUGGACAGAUACUGCGAAACUGUUUAUGCGUGAAGCAGCCAAACAGGCAGGGAUUGCAUCAGAUCGACUUGUCCUAGCUCUGGAGCCUGAAUGUGCCUCAAUAUUGUGUAAGGAUAUUGCACCAGAGAAACUCUUACAUGGAAAAUGCCUCACAUUUAGUGAGAAGGGGACACAAUACGUCGUGGCAGAUAUUGGAGGCGGAACAGCAGAUUUCAGCGUCCACGAAAUUGAAAAAGACCUGACAAUUGUAGAACUGCAUAAAGCUAGUGGAGAGGCUUAUGGAGGUGUCUGCGUUGAUAGAAACUAUGUUGAAAUGAUAGAAACAAUUUACGGAGUCAAUUCGGUGGAAAAAUUGAGGAACGAGGAUAUGGAGGAUUAUCUAGAAUUUCUACGAGAUUUUGAAGUCAGGAAAAGGACAGUUACUAAGGAUUUGAAAAAGAUUUACAACAUACGCAUUCCACUGUCACUCAAUGACUUUGCAAAAGAACAUAAAGUGGAUUUGCAAAGAACUGAAAACAUGCAUGUAAGGGGAACGUUUGAAGUACAGCGAGAUAGAAUCAGAGUAGAUGGAAUAUUUAUGCUACAACUUUUUGAGGACUCUCUACAUAAAAUUGCAAGCCAUCUUCAAAUGUUAUUGAAGGAAAAUCGUAAUAUUUCAUGCAUAAUAUUGGUAGGUGGAUAUUCCGAGUGUAUUAUUCUACAAGAAAAGGUGAAUUUUAUGUUUCCUGACAAGAACAUUAUAAUUCCCAACGAGUGUAGUCUUGCUGUAAUGAAAGGUGCUGUUCUGUUCGGCCAUGAUCCGUACACUGUGUCCUCACGUGUGUUGAAGUACACAUACGGUACGAAUACGGACUUUAGAUUUGAGGAAGAAAAACACGACAAGGAGAGAAAAUAUAAAGAUCAAUACGGCAUAACUCGCUGUCGGGGAACUUUCGAUCCGAUAAUCUCAGCUGGCACAAAAGUGCCUGCUACUGGAAAGAAGUGUACUCUAAUCAGUGUACCUUUGGACAGGCAUCAAUCCUCCAUUAUUUCGGAAAUCUACUUUUCGGAGAACAGGGACGUGCUUUACAUCGAUGAAGAAAAUUGCAGAUAUUUAGGCAAAAUUGAAAUCCGAUUGCCUUUUGUUGGAUUUAAACCUACAUUAGUGGAGGAGUUUACUUUCGGUAUGACUGAGUUAUUGUACACAGCAACUGUCAAGGAAACCGGACAGACAGUUGUUAAACAAUUCAAUGUAUUUGAUGUUUGAUGAUUCACUUAAAGUAGAGUUAAUCUUUGUAGUUUAGUUUCAAUACUCACACUAUGAGUUUAAAGUAGAAAUAUGUUAAUUUUCAAUUAAUAUAAAUUGAUGUAAAUAAUAAUAGAAGAAAAUGUAUAUGCUGACACCUUUCAGAGACAUCAAGCAUACAUAAAUAGAAGUUUAUUUCAAAAUCAGGAAAGCGAAAAUUUUUGUUCCACAGCAUAAGAAUGCAUAAAAAGUAGUUAAAUUGAAAAAAAUACUCUUAAUUUAAAAAAAAAACUGUUACUGUAUAUAUAUAUAUAUAUAUAGAUAGAUAGAUAGAUAGAUAGAUAGAUAGAUAGAUAUAGAUAUAAUGGAUAUCAGGGAAAUCCUUUUAUAAUGGUCAUACAUUAUUUUUGAAAAAUUGCCAGUGCUAGUACAUGAGUUCUUGUCAUUGACAUUUUCUAUAAUGCAAAAUUCAAAAGCUAGAAAUCGUGGAUAUUUUGGCGAAUGAGGAACCUUCGCCAAAUUCAAAGCUCCACAAUUUGUAUUUUUAAAAAUGAUACACGUGUUAAAUGGAAAUGUGCCACAAAUUGAAGCGCCAAGAAUUCAAACUACUAUUUAGAAACCAAUAUCAAAGGUGGAAUUAACUUGAAAUAAAAGAAAACACAGUCUUCCA